UCAUGCCUGCAUUUUUGACACACAAAUUCUGUGCAAAGAUAGUGCUAUGAGAAGGCCUUGCAACAUGGGGAAUGGGAUAGACGUGAAUUGUGAUGCAGCGGCGUGCAUUUCCCCUGGAAACCCCUGUUUUCAAUGCUGCGGUUUAAGAACGGAGAACGCCUCUGAAGCAGCAGAAAAUGGGGGAGGGGAAGGGAAGCCAGGCAAGCCAUAGAGGGAGAAAUGAGAGGACAAGCAGAGGAAGGAGAGGCACAGCGGAGCAUCAUUUCCUAUGCUGGAGGAGAGCUCCGGCUGAAGGGAUUGGCUGCGGUGGAAGGUAUCGUCACUGCUAGUGAGGGAGAGCUUUGAGGAUGCUCUGCGAGGCUGGGAGGUUGUACAUUUUUUAGGAGUUCGCACUGAGACCAUCAGCAGCCUCAGAUCCGGGAGGGCUCCACAGAGUAUAUCUAGCCGCCCACAGCUUGUUUACUCUCCUCCAGCCAUGAAUUAUCUGCGCCGGCGUCUCUCGGACAGCACUUUCAUCUCCAACCUCCCAAAUGGCUACAUGACAGACCUUCAGAGGCCCGACCCAGCUCAGCCUCCUCCACCUGCUUCCUCCACCCCUGCCAAGUCUCCCACCGCCGCGCCGACUCCUCCGGCCACGUCGCCUGCUCCGGAGAGGAAACCUCAGCCGGCCCAGUCGACCGGGACCGGGUUCUUCAGCUCCAUCACGAACGUGGUGAAGCAGACAGCAGCCUCAGCAGGGCUGGUGGAACAGACCCAAGUCACGACGCCGAAGAAGUUUAAGAUUCUGUUGGUGAUUGAUGAGCCAGGGCAAGAGUGGGCAAAAUUAUUCAGAGGGAAGAAAGUGCACGGGGAUUAUGACAUCAAAGUGGAGCAGGCAGAAUUCAAUGAUAUCAAUGUGGUGGCUCACGCCAAUGGAACCUGCAUUGUUAACAUGCAGGCUCUCAGAAACGGCACCAAGGUUGUGAGGUCCUUCAAGCCCGACUUUGUCCUGAUUCGUCAGCACGCCUUCAGUAUGACCCAAAAUGAGGAUUUUCGCAACAUGAUUAUUGGUCUCCAGUAUGGGGGUGUACCAAGUAUCAACUCCCUGGAGUCCAUCUACAACCUAUGUGACAAGCCGUGGGCGUUUGCUCAGCUUAUCAAUACCUGCAGAAAGCUGGGGGCGGACAAGUUCCCCCUGAUCGAACAGACCUUUUAUCCUAACUACAAGGAAAUGGUGAGCAUGCCGUCAUUUCCUGUUGUUGUGAAGAUCGGACACGCCCACUCUGGAAUCGGAAAGGUGAAGGUGGACAAUCACACUAAGUUCCAGGAUAUAGCCAGUGUUGUGGCUCUCACACAGACCUACACUACAACAGAACCUCUCAUUGACUCCAAGUAUGACAUCCGAAUCCAGAAGAUUGGUACCGACUACAAGGCUUACAUGAGAACGUCUAUAUCUGGUAACUGGAAGACCAACACAGGCUCAGCCAUGCUGGAGCAGGUGGCCAUGACUGAUCGGUACAAACUGUGGGUCGACACCUGCUCUGAGAUUUUUGGGGGUCUGGAGAUUUGUGCCGUUAAAGCUAUACAUGGAAAAGAUGGCAGAGAUUACAUCACAGAGGUGGUGGGUUCCUCCAUGCCACUGGUAGGGGAACACCAGAACGAAGACCGGCAGCUCAUUGCAGACCUGUUGCUUGCAAAAAUGAACCAAAUAGCAAACAAUGAGGCCAAUGCUCCCCAGAGACCCACCACGGUGCAACCAUCUCAGGGAGCGGGCCAAAAGGGGGACAUAACGGGUGACGGCACCAAGAACGGCGUUGGCCGCCCCCCUCAAGGUUGCCUGCAGUACAUCCUGGACUGUAACGGCGUUGCAGUGGGGCCAAAGCCAGUCCAGGCCAACUGAGCGAGCCAAGAAAAAGUGUUUCAGAGUCUGAAUAACAAUGAGGACCUCAGCUGAACACAAGCUCAGACGUGUUUGUGGAUGCUCGAAUCCCACCUUAGUGGCGAAAGCUCGGCCCAGCCGGGAGCCGGCCUGGACUAUGUUGUUUUAACUCUAUGCAGUGUCAAAAUGUACUGUCCACCUGCUGAGCUGUUGAUCGUGUGCUUGUGUGGGUCACAUUCUGUAUGUCUGUGCUGCUGUGGUUUCUCUCGAUGACGUUUAAAAAGAGACCUGUGCCUACACCGAGUUGAGUGGUGCUCUGUGGUAACUGUUUGACCCUGCUGUGACUCUUUGUUUUGCCCCCUGACGUUCCGUCUCUUCAGUUCGAUGUGCGCCCCCUAGAUGUUGCUAGAUUUAUGUGCCACUAUACCGUGGGAGCUUUUUCUUUCCAUAUCGUGGGUGUGAACGCCUAUAGUGGUGAUUAUUUUCAUACCUAGUCGAAUAGAUAUUUAUUUUUGUGUGUUUUUGCAUGAUUGGCACAAUGCAGAUACAGUGAGUUGUUUCAUUAAAUAGCUGUUACAUUGCUGUGCUUAUCUGAGCUGUGUUUCCUGAGAUUUGCUCAUUGUGUAAAAAGAGACUGAUAUUAAUACGAUCUAAAGAGUUCAGUAUUUGCCUCCUUAGUCUAUUCUAUACAUAAUACUAUCGCACUGUCUCCAACAUAGAGUUAUUAAAGUGGUGAAAUAUUAGAUUUAUUAAAGAUUUUAUGAGGUAGUUUGCUGUGCAAGUGUCUAGACACACAGCUUCAAUAUAUUUGCAUAUUUUUGAGCCAAAGAAUAUAGAGUCUAGUAUUCUUUGCACUCCACAAUGUAAAUACUGGUGGGGUGACUGUUAACCCUGCACACCAUUUGAUCCAAACGUAGGUCCAAAUUAGUCCUGAUCUGUUAGGCAUGUCGACUGAUGUUGUGUACUGUUCUCUUCUAUGUGGAAACAGAUAUUUUUAGUGAUGAUAUUCCACAAAAUGCUUGAUAAGAAGUCACCCUUGUAGAUCUCAGGCUGGAUACAAGCUAUAUAACGGAUGCGUUGCUAUGGCAACGACGAAAGGUGCUCUGUGGUUUAGUGGGACCAGUGCCGGACUACCGUAGUGCUUAUUUUACUGCCAUUCCUGUGAGAAAAAGGAAAAAAUUAGAGUUUAUGUUGCAUCAUUUUGGAAUACACAUUGAACAGAUUUGGCCCUUUUGCUCCAAUGUCCCAAUUUGCUGUUGUCUUGUGGCUUUUGUGGAAGCUUCUUUUUUUUAUUAUUUAUCUAAUACUCAAAAAAAAAAAAUGUUAAACAGCUAAAAAUCAGCCAAAUCUACUGUAAAGAUCAUACUGUUCUCUAACUAUUUCUAACUGUAACAGAAAACGUGUUCAACGAUCUCUCUCUUUUUUGUAGUGUCUCCUUGUGAAAGCCAUGCCUGAGGCUUUUUGUUUGUGACGUUCAGAUUCAUAGGAAUAAUGCCAUUACACUGAAAUCCAAGGGAAGAAUGUGCAUUGUUACCCCAGUCAGUAAUAGAUGCAAUGUUGGGUCGUGCUCUGAUGACGCAACGUUUGCUCAGUCACAAUGCAGACCUGCUGGACCGCAACUAUUAAAGACUGGGGUGCUGUUUAAAACCAGUUUGGAGCCGUUUACAUCAAGAUAAGAACACAACGUAUUGUGGAAAACAUUUUUCUGUGAAUAUUUCCUCUCAUCAAUGGCAAUAAAGCUUAAUUUGCAAUAUA